CACAAAAGCUAAUAAUCACUACUCCCUCUUGGAUCUCUCAAACAUCAUUACAUAAGCAUAAACCUAUUUCCUGUCAUGGCAGCACCACUUCCAGCAAGUGACGAGGAGUGGCGUGCGGUUCUGUCUCCUGAGCAGUUUAAGGUUCUCAGACAAAGAGAAACAGAUAAACGAGGCAAAGGAGAGUUUGUGAAAAAGUUUGACGAAGGGACUUAUAGCUGUGCUGGUUGUGGAUCUGCUAUUUACAAGUCCACCACUAAGUUCGACUCCGGCUGCGGCUGGCCAGCGUUCUUUGAUGCUAUCCCCGGUGCUAUCAAACAAACUCCUGAAGGCAUGGGUGGGAGAAGGAUGGAGAUAACAUGUGCGGUAUGUGAUGGGCAUCUUGGCCAUGUUUUCAAAGGAGAAGGCUACGCUACUCCGACUGACCAACGUCACUGCGUUAACAGUGUCGCUCUCAAGUUCGCUGCUGGGGAUGUCUCCAAAUAAUCAAUUAUUCAUCGGACCACUUUAAUCUCUUCAAAUAAAAGAAUCUAUUCUAUGCAUGAUUCGUGAGAUGCUAAUUACUUUUGUUACAUUCCUCCUACUCAUUGUGAUAUUUAUAAUAAAUCUUCGUUUCUAAAAUUUAUAAUAUAAACUUUGGUAAUGAAUAA